CGCGCAGCAGGCGUAAAUUGACGCGCAGGGAUGAUAAAUCACGUGAUCAUCUAUCUGCAUGCCCGAGCGAGCGAGCGAUGCACGACUUCGCGAUUCGUGAUUCGUGAUUCUUGAUUCAAUUUCUCGCAAACGAGCGCAUCGCGUUGAUGCUUCCUUGUAUACCGGCCGGUGCACUCCUAUACUUGCCCCCCACGCGCACACCUCAUCAUCGCUGAGUGGCAGCGACGAUUCGUGAGAAGCGUGAGAAGGUCCCCUCUCACAGGCCCACUUGUCCACCCUCCAAGCGCAGACAACACGCGCUCGCGCAACGCAUACACACACCCAUGCCAUUGCCAGCACACAAACGCAUCCACGCAAUCAUAGUGGGGAGGAGACAGGCAUGGCGCACUUGGCAGGACCCUCUUCCGGAGGUGUUCCUUGGCACUUUCAUCCGCGAAUAUUGAGCCACAUUGGCAACAACUUCACCGUCCCCCAGCUCAAAGAAAGCCUGAGGGACUUGGGCCUGCGCAUCUCUGGCAACAAGCCAGAGCUGCACAAUAGGCUUCGCGACGCCAUACAGGAUUACUACCAUCGAGGGGAUGCUGCCAGGUGGGAAAUGGCAAGACGCGUAGUCGCUUCUCAGACGACAAAUGGCACGUUCGACUGGAUGAAGGAUAUUCAGAAUGCUCCCGUCAAGCAGCCGGCUGCUCCUGGGUAUGGUGGCGGUGGUGGUGGUGGUGCGCCGACGGGUGCAGGCGCUUACACGCCGUCGAACGUCGCGGCGGCGACUGCCACGCGCAGCGCACCAGCGACGCAGCCGAAUUUCAAACCCUCGCCAUUUUAUCGGAUUCACGAGUGGGCAUCCACGUCCACAUUGUUGUUGCCGUGCACACCCUCGGAAGGCAGAAAGGCGGCAUUGCUGAGGAUGAACGUCAGAGCGGAUCACGCGCAACUGGUCAAGGAUCAGCCGGACAAGUACAAGUAUCGGCUGUUCGUCGCACCGAAACCCGCAUGGGAUGCUUCCGCUUCUCGAACAGGCGCAGCGCAUCCGUGCUUUAUCGAUUUCCCAUUCGGCUCGGAGCUGUUUGUCAAUUCCACCAAGUAUGCGGGUGCGCUCAAAGGCAGCAAGAAGCAUGCCGGCAGGGUGCCACCGCCGGAUCUCAGCAAGGGCUUGCUGUUCAUGGAUCCCAACAAGCCGAAUUCGAUCGAGGUGCGGUAUCAGACGGAUAGGUCGGGCAGUCAUGCACCCACUUCGCAUGCCAUGGCCAUUGCGCUGUGCAGGGUCACCUCGCCAGAGGAGUUGGCAGCGAAUCUAGCCAAAGAAAGAACGCACAGCAAGGAAAAGGUCAUUGCUGGAAUGAAGCGAGCGGCAGACGACGACGAGAUCGAAGCGGGUGCGCAAACCUUUAGGUUCAAAUGCCCGCUCAGCUACAUGACCAUCAAGACUCCUGCGAGGGCGACGACGUGUCCGCACGUGCAGACGUUUGAUGCUGGCGCGUUUUACAGUCUCAACGAGACGUCGCCCGUGUGGCAGUGUCCCGUGUGUUCCAGCGACAUUCGUCACGAGGAUCUGUUUGUCGAUGGGUGAGUGCGACGAGAGCCACCGAGUCGCGCGCGCGCUCGAGCUCAUACUUGGAGCGCCGUCUGGACAGCUUUUGCAAGGACAUUUUGGAGCGCGUACCGGAAUCUGCAGAGCGUGUGCUCAUCGAGCCGGAUGGCAAGUGGAGGACGGAAGAUGGCAAAU